AUGCAUGGCGAAUACCCAUUGUAUCCUGUAAGACCAAUUAAUUCCAAUGUAGCUUCAUCUGACGGUAUUAUGAAUACCCAUCUUAUAAGACCAAUUAAUUCCAAUGUGGCUUCAUCUGUUGCAAAUCGAUUUUCAUUUAUUAACUCUUAUAAUAAUAUAUUAAAAAUUAAUAAAAUUUCUUUUUUUUUUAACAUAUUUUAA